GUUCGUAAAUUCUCCAUCCCGACCACAGUGUGCGUGCGUGCGCGUGUGUGUGUGUCAGCGGACGCGGAGAGAGACGAAGGCAAGCAGCUAGCUCCCUUUCGCCUUAUCUAAACACCAUACAUUCCUCAUCAUGGCGGCAACGGAUGUAGACAUAUUUUCUAAUGAAGAAAAGCGUAACCUCAGCCUUGGCGGCCAUGUUGGCUUUGACAGUCUGCCCGAUCAGCUGGUCAGUAAAUCGGUGACUCAGGGUUUCUGCUUCAACAUCCUCUGUGUGGGUGAGACGGGCAUCGGCAAGUCGACAUUAAUGAACACCCUUUUUAACACCAUGUUUGAAAAUGAGGAGGCCAGCCAUUACCAAAACGGUGUUUACCUGCGGCCCAGAACAUACGACUUGCAAGAGAGCAACGUCCACCUAAAACUGACUAUCGUCGACACGGUGGGCUUCGGGGACCAGAUCAACAAAGAAGAAAGCUAUAAACCCAUUGUGGACUAUAUCGACACACAGUUUGAAAACUACCUGCAGGAAGAGCUGAAAAUAAAGCGUUCUCUAUUCAAUUACCACGACACCAGAAUCCACAUCUGCCUCUACUUCAUCUCUCCUACGGGACACUCGCUCAAGUCCUUGGACUUAGUCACCAUGAAGAAGUUGGACAGCAAGGUGAACAUCAUCCCCAUUAUCGCUAAAGCUGACACGAUUUCCAAGAGCGAGCUACACAAGUUCAAGAUCAAAAUUAUGAGCGAGCUGGUUAGCAACGGUGUUCAGAUUUACCAGUUUCCCACAGACGACGAAGCUGUGACAGAAAUCAACUCCUCUAUGAACGCCCAUCUUCCCUUUGCUGUGGUGGGCAGUGUGGAGGAGGUGAAGGUGGGGAAUAAGACGGUGAGGGCCAGGCAGUAUCCGUGGGGAGUCGUUCAAGUGGAAAACGAGAGUCACUGUGAUUUCGUCAAGCUGCGGGAGAUGUUGAUCCGAGUGAACAUGGAGGAUCUGCGUGAACAGACUCACGCCAGACACUAUGAACUCUACAGGCGCUGCAAACUGGAGGAGAUGGGCUUCAAAGACACAGACCCAGACAGCCAGCCUUUCAGUCUACAGGAGACAUAUGAAGCCAAAAGGAAGGAGUUUCUUGGAGACCUGCAAAGGAAGGAAGAGGGGAUGCGGCAGAUGUUUGUGAACAAAGUGAAGGAGACGGAGGGCGAGCUGAAGGAGAAGGAGAGAGAGUUGCAUGAGAAGUUCGAGCAGCUGAAGCGCAUGCACCAGGAGGAGAAGAAGAAGGUGGAGGAGAAGAGACGGGAGCUGGAGGAGGAGAUGAACGCCUUCAACAGGAGGAAGGUGGCCGCCGAGACCCUCUCGCUCUCACAGCCCCUCAAGAAGGACAAAGACAAGAAAAACAGGUCGGUAAAAACAGAGAACCAAUCAGGCGUCAACCUCUCCAACUCCAAAGUGAUGAUGGCCAAAGCCAAUAUGGAGCCCUUGAACUGCCAGAGCUGGUGGCAGGCCAUACAGUGCUGCACCUGUCUGGUCCACAGCGACGCCUGGAGGCAGGGUCUCUUCUGAGAGCCGGCCAGCAUCAGCUGAGGAUGCCUGGACAUCAGCAGGCCGUGGAACUGAAGGAAAACAACAAACCGCUUAACCAACAGACAGAGUCACCGAAAAACCCACUCACAGAGGAGAGGGUCUGUGUAUGUACUCCUGAGGAAUGGUGUGUGUAUAAGACCCUCAUGAGUGGGCUGUAAAAAAUGUGCUGUGUUCGAUAGUCUCCAUGUUUUGUCUCUCGCUCUGAUUCCUAAUCCAGAUGUUUUGUUUCUCUUCGAUGCAGGCCAAUCAAAGGCAUGCACAACCCAACAAAAUGAUAGUUUUCGUGACUUUUGGGGAACUGAUUCCCUGGUUGACUUACCAUUCAAGUCAGACCUAAAUAAUACAAGUUUGCAAAAUUGGCUACUGGUUAGCAUCAACCGAGAUUACGCCAAUCAUCAUUGAUGAAUACAAUAAUGUGCACUUAUGAAACCAGGAACGUACAUUGUGAAAUAAAAUAGGGCCAAUUCUGAUUUCACA